CCGAUCUUCUCUUCCCCUCUCCCGCCCAAAACGCUCGCCUUCGUCCCCACCCCCUCCUCGCAACCCACGCGAUACAGUCGCAACUAGAGCUAACUGGGAAGGCAACGGCGGGCGGGAUCGCGGCGUACAGAGAACCGAAACUCCCAUCUCCUUCUCCUUCUGCACUGCUCCUACCCGAAACCAUGGAGGCAGAUGGACGAAGGUCAAAUCUAGGUUAAAUCCUGCUCUAAAUCCGUUACCAGACAGCCCCUAGGCGAUCUACCUGCGCGUCAUCCGGGGUUUUUGACUGUCGAGCCAAAGUUCUCCUUUACUUUCCGCCAAUCGGUUGAUCGAGGUUGGAUGAAAAUGGCGUCAGAGAAAGCCCUUGAUCUUCUCCGGCAGAGGCUAUGCGACUCCUCUUUCGUAUAUUCCGCUUUCAAAUCCACUCCGGACGGAAACUACAGUAAGUUGAAGUUCCUGAUUUCGAACAGUAUUGCUGAGGCCUGCAACAACUCCGUACUCCUCCUUGGUCCCCGUGGAUGCGGAAAGGGAGAGGUUGUAGAUAUGGUCCUUGAAGAAUUAAAGAGCGACUUUGUAGAGAUAAUUUCUGUGGUAAGGUUAAAUGGCUUGCUGCAUGCUGAUGAUAAUUUUGCAGUGAAGGAAAUUGCCAGGCAAUUGUGCAUGGAGCACAAGUUAAUUUUCUCUAAAAUGGCUUCAUUUGAUGAUAACUCUCACUUCAUGAUAGACAUGUUGAGAGAGUGUGGAUUAGCUCACAAGAUGAUCAUUUUUGUAUUGGAUGAGUUUGAUCUUUUCACCCAGGGGAAGCAACGAUUUCUAUAUAGUCUACUAGAUGCAAUGCAAACUUUGACCUCCCAAUCAGCAGUUAUUGGCAUCAGUUGUCGCAUGGAUGCAGAUCAACUUCUAGAGAAAAGGGUUAAAUCACGGUUCUCACAUCGGAAGCUGUUGUUCACGCCACCAUCAACUGAAGAUAUGCAGAGAUUGCUGGAGCACCUUUUAUAUUUGCCAAAAAAAUCAAGUUUGCCUUCCAAAUAUGUCAAGGAAUUCAACUCAAACGUCCAUAAUAUUUUAAGUGAUAAAAAGUUCAAGGAAAUUCUUGAUGCAUUAUCAGCUGUAGAUAGUAAUACAAGUAAUAUUCGUCGGUUUCUAUAUCAGUCUAUAAGUCACAUCCAUUUUGAGUCAGGAUUGCUGACAUUAGAUGGCUUCAAAACUGCACUUUCAUGUUUCCGAAGGCAGCCUAUGCUAGAUAAAAUGCAAGAUGCCUCCAUUUUGGAACUCUACAUUUUAGUUUGCAUGUAUAGACUGGGGAGCAGAGAGCAGAAUUCUUUCAACUUCAAUUCCAUUAUGAAAGAGUACAAGUCCAUUCAGGAUGCCUACAAGACUUCUGAUAAUUACUCAUGGAGUGUUUGUCUAAAGGCAUUUGAGCAUCUUAUAGAUUUUGAAUUAAUUAGUCUUUCAGACAACAGAAUGAGAAGCCUGUCUAUUGAAUACCGUCCUGUGAGGCUGUUGUUAUCUUCCCAAGAACUGUAUCAGGGUCUCAAAUCAAACGCUUUUUGCCCUGUAAGUCCCAUCUAUUGUUGCUCAAGUCUGGUACUAUUCCUUCAAUUAUUUUCUCUUGGUUCAUACUUGUAGAGCUUUUUCUUUUUUUAA